UCAAUAAUUUUGUGCACUAUUAUAAAUUUAAAUAUGCUAUGAGAAAACAGAACUAAUACGUUCUAAAUUAACGACGUAAAUAGUUUACUUCAUACCUCAUAAAUCAUCGCGCAUUAUGAUUAGAAUUAAAAGAAUUACCGAUUUAGAACGGCUCGCUGAGACCGUUCCCAAACCGAAAGGCGCUGUGCCAAAGUUUGGUCUACCAGCGUGGAAGAUGAUGCCGUUGGAGCAUAAAAUACCCAUGAUACCUGGACCGAAGGGCGCUUACAGCUUCACGCGACAAAAAGUGGGAAAGAAAUUAUGGGGACCGAAAUUGGAGUUUGAUCUGAGCGAUCCUUACUGCCAUGAAACAAAAUUCCUUUACGAACCUCUGCAUGACGAGCAUUUGUUCAAGUUUUUUUCCAGACCGAUUAAUCAGAAAUGUCUACAGGAAGCCGAUCUAAUCACAGAUGACUUGGAUGUAAAGUGUUCGCUGCAUGAUUACAAUGAGUACAGAAAGUAUCUGAGGCAGGUGCACGCUGAUCGUAUUAAGAGAAAACUAAAGAGAAGAAACCGUUUUUUCGUUGAGAGAAGAGCCCUACGCUUUGCUGAAGAUCAGGCGCGUAAGGAAGCAGAAAAAAUUUAUUACAUUUUAGCAUAUACAGCCAAGAAGAGGAUUUGGCUUAUAAAUAUAAUGAAAGAAAGAGAGAAGUUGGCCACCGAGAGACAGCAUCUUGUGCAGCUACGACUACUACAAGAGGAACUAAGAAUUCGAAAGCUAGAGGAGCGAGCGUACAGAACAACGCGAAGAUUGAAAUUGUUAAAGCUCGUUAGGCGAGAAGAACGAAGACUAAUAAAUAUUAAGUGUGAUGAGCGGAUUGAGCAGAUUCGUCAAAAAUGCAAAAUUGCGGCAGAGAUCACUCGACGUAAAGUGAUUGAUACGUUGGUGGAUUGGAAGAAGAAGGACAAGGUACGAAAGAAAGGCAGACAGAAGCGACUAAUGAAUAUUACACAACAAAAGCAGAAAGACAUGGAAGAAAGAUGGAUAAAAAAGCGGCAGUUCCAAGAAAAGAAUAUUGCGAAACAAAAAAUGUUAUUACAACGUAUAGACGCUCGUCGUCAAAAAUUUAUAAAAGAUUAUAACAAGUUCUUAACUUAG